AUGUCUCAGUCUACCCCUUCUACAGCCCCUUUGUCGGCAAUGUCUGCUCUCAAAAAGCCUAGUGUUAAGCAGCCAGAGUGGCAUCAACCGAAAAGCAUAUCCAAUAUUGACGAGCCCAAAUUGAUCAUCUAUAAUUCUUUAACUCGCGCUAAAAAUGAGUUUAUCCCCAUUAAACCUGGACAUAUAACAUGGUAUAGCUGUGGUCCUACUGUAUAUGACCAUUCGCAUAUGGGUCAUGCACGUAACUAUGUUUCUACUGAUAUUUGUCGUAGAAUAUUGGAGAAUUACUUUGGUUUUAAUGUCAACUUUAUCCAAAACGUUACCGAUAUAGACGAUAAGAUUAUCAUUGCUGCUAGACAGCAAUACUUGUUUGAGGAGAAGAUUACCAAAACUCACCCCGAAUUGAGCAAUGAGCUAUUAGAACAAGCAAAGAUUUUUCUAGAGCAUUAUGUUUCAAAGAAUCUUCCUGAAUUCAAGGGGGAUCUUGAGAGUGAUUUUGCUCGAUGGUCUGGGUCAAUUGAGAAUUUCGAAGAAUUGAAAGCUAGUAAACCAAAAUUUCCCAUGUAUCUCGCGGCAGCGCUGAGAGCAUACAAUGCAAUCUAUGGCGAGCCCAGCGAGUUUCCAGUGUUUUUGUCGAAUAUUCAAGAUGUAGCCGUUGUUUAUUUGGAUGAGAAAUAUGGAGCAUCUGUUACCGAUCCACGAAUUUUCAAAAAAUUACCUUCAUAUUGGGAAAACAAAUACAAUGAGGAUAUGAGAAAACUCAAUGUACUUGCACCAACAAUUACCACGAGGGUUUCGGAGUAUAUACCUGAUAUUGUUGAAUAUGUUGACAAAAUCAUCUCCAAUGGCUAUGCAUACAAAACGGAGGAUGGGUCCGUUUACUUUGACACUGUCAAGUAUGAACAUUCAAAGCACGAUUACGCAAAGUUGCAACCAUGGAACAAGGGUGAUAUGAGUUUGAUUAAUGAUGGUGAAGGUUCAUUGAGUUUGGGUAGUUCUAAACGCAAUUCUAGUGAUUUUGCAUUGUGGAAGGCAUCAAAACCAGGUGAGCCAGCAUGGGACUCGAAAUGGGGUAAAGGUAGACCAGGGUGGCACAUUGAGUGUUCUGUUAUGGCUUCUGACAUUGGAGGCUCUCAAUUGGAUAUUCAUAGCGGUGGUAUCGAUUUGUGUUUUCCUCAUCACGAUAAUGAAUUGGCGCAAUCUGAAGCAUAUUUUGAUAAUCAGCAGUGGGUCAAUUAUUUCAUGCAUAACGGCCACUUGCACAUUCAAGGACAAAAAAUGUCCAAGUCGUUGAAGAAUUUCAUAACGAUUAAUGACGCAUUAAAAGAAUACAGCUCGAGGCAGUUGCGGUUGGUAUUUGCAUUGAAUCCGUGGGAAAAGCCUUUGGACUUUAAAGAUGCAUUGAUAAGCGAAGUAAAGUCUAUUGAGUCUACAUUUAAUAAAUUUUUUACCAAUGUUCGUGCAUUGCUUAAUGACUACAAGCACAAGGUUGAGAUUGGAGAAGACAUUAGCAAAAGAGUAACUGAAGUUGAAAAGCAAUUGUUUUGUGAUUUAAAACAAACGCAAGACGACGUGGAUGUUGCUUUUAAGGACAACUUAUCAAGCGGUCAAGCAAUUAGAAGCUUAUUGAACUUGGUUUCGAAAGCAAAUAAUUAUAUCCAGCAGACAUCAACGGGAAAAGUAAAACUCAAAAUCGAAGCAUUGGUGCUGAUCACGAGGUGGAUUCUGAAGAUCUUGAACGUUUUAGGUUUCGAUGCAAGAGCAGACGAAUUAGGUUGGAGAGAUGAAAGUGAAGGAGGCAGUAGUGGUGGUGGUGGAAGCAAUGGUGGCACGUCUAGUGAAGAAAUUGCCAUGCCAUAUGUCAAGGCUUUAGCACAAUUCAGAGACAAUGUUCGUAAUUUGGCGAUAAAUAAAGCAGAGUUAAAAGAGUUUUUAUUAGCUUCAGACGAGAUCAGAUCACAACUUGUUCUGUUGGGGGUUUCUUUAGAUGAUAAACCCGACGGAUCUGCUUUGGUCAAGUUUCUCAAUCAAACUGAGAAGUUACAAUUACUUGAACAACAAGAAGCCAAGGCAAAGUUGUUAGCUGAGAAGCAAGCGAAAAAGAGACAACAAGAAGCAAUAAAAGCGCAAAAGGAAGCUGAAAAAUUGGCCAAAAUGAAAAUAAAGCCAAGUGAUUUAUUCAAAGAUGACAAAUUGUACAAGGAAUAUGACGAGAUGGGAAUUCCUACAGUUGAUGCUAAUGGAGAAGAGAUUAGCAAGAGUAUGAGGAAAAAAUUGCUUAAGCAAUACCAGCAACAAGAAAAGCUUUAUGAUGAGUAUUUGAAGUUGAAUAAGUAA